ACUAAAUGGACAAUUCUUCCAAGCGUUAAAAAAAUUUCAACGCAACUUUUCUCUAAUUUCAACUACAACGAAGAAGAGAGGGAGUGGAGAAGUGCGCAACUCUUCUCUGUAAUUUGCAGGAUUCGCAUCUAAGUAUAAGACCCUGUUUUGACACUCGAGUAAGCAGAGAAGAUCAAAGCUCUACAAUGGGAGGAAUGCAACGUAUGCGUGCUCGUGUUUUGCAGGUGCAGGCUAAAUGGCAGGGGAACCAGUUAAUGUGAAUGAAUUCCAGGAGCUUGCUGGACGAGCCCUUCCGAAGAUGUACUAUGACUACUAUACUGGAGGAGCUGAGGACCAGCACACCCUUAAAGAAAAUGUAGAAGCAUUUUGUAGAAUCACUAUUCGGCCUAGAGUACUUGUUGAUGUGAGCAGAAUAGACAUGUCAACUACUAUACUAGGUCACAAGACGUCAGCUCCUAUUAUGAUUGCCCCAACGGCCAUGCAUAAAUUGGCACAUCACGAAGGAGAAGUUGCAACAGCGAGAGGAGCUGCAGCAUGUGAUGUUAUUAUGGGACUGUCAUACAUGUCAACCUGCACAGUGGAGGAGGUUGCUUCCAGCUGCAAUGCUGUUCGCUUUUUCCAAAUAUACGUUUACAAAAGAAGGGAUAUAACAGCACUUAUGGUACAUAGAGCUGAGAAGAACGGGUUUAGGGCUAUUAUUCUUACAGCUGAUACUCCGAGGCUUGGUAGAAGGGAGGCAGAUAUAAAGAAUAAGAUGGUUGCACCUCAGUUGAAGAACUUCGAAGGUCUUAUAUCAACUGAAUAUGUUUCUGACAAGGGCUCAAAUAUUGAAGCCUUUGCUGCUGGAACUUUUGAUGCUUCUCUUUGUUGGAAGGAUAUAGCAUGGUUAAAAUCAAUUACUAAAUUGCCGAUUCUGAUUAAGGGCGUUCUGACUUCUGAAGAUGCCAUAAAAGCGAUUGAAGCAGGAGUUGCAGGAAUUAUUGUCUCUAACCAUGGAGCUCGGCAACUAGAUUAUGCUCCAGCUACUAUUUCUGUUCUUGAAGAGGUUGUCCAUGCUGUUCAAGGUAAAGUUCCAGUAUAUUUUGAUGGAGGAGUGAGGCGAGGAACAGACAUAUUCAAGGCCUUAGCACUUGGCGCAAAAGCUGUCCUGAUUGGUCGAGCAGUUGUCUAUGGCCUGGCAGCUAAGGGGGAGCGCGGGGUAAAGCAGGUUAUUCAAAUGCUCAAGAAUGAACUUGAGUUAACAAUGGCUCUUUCUGGCUGCUGCAGUGUCGAUGACAUAACAAGAAGCCAUGUGAAAACAGAGAAAGAAAGGCUUAUUUGUAGGAUGUAGUUUCAUCCUGAAAGCAGCUAAGUAUAUCCCUUAAAUUCAGGGCCUAGCUCCAAAUCUACAAUUGUGUCAAAUCGUAAGCAAUUUUUCAAGUGAAAUUUUUCCGAUGAAAAA